CAUCGGUCGCCAUACUGCCAUAAGCCUAUCCAAUACAUUCUCUUCUUCCGACUCACAAAAAAUCGUAAUUUUUUUCACUUUUGUUACUUUGAUUCAAAACCCAAUUGUAUUUUCGCAGUUUCAAGAGCUUAUGUCGAUUUAGCGAAUGAAACGUUCAUGGCCUGUAGCAUGGGAGCAAUUAUGGUGCAAUCAGCUACGCCUCUAGUCGAGAAUGAAGGCUCAGAAAGGUCAUAUAUGCCUCUCAAAACUUGUGCCCAUAUGCAGAGAUGGAUCCUCAAACCAAGUUUCAGUGGACGAAUUUCUAGGCUUGGCAUGAGAUCAGCACCAAUUUUUGAAAAGAGUACUUUCACAAGACAUGGGUGGAGCCUAGCCUUUGCUUUAGACACAGGUGGAAUUCCUGAUAACAGCGGCCAGGAGAGCAUUGAUGGAGACAACACCGGGCUUGGAGGGACUCGGUUGGGGAGGAUAGUCCGUGCUGGUGGCAAGCAGCUGCUGGAGAAGCUGAAUGCAGCAAGAAGGAACUCCCCCAUGAAGAUAUUCCUAGUGCUCUUGGGUUUCUACACAGCCAAUGCACUUGCAACGAUAUUGGGACAAACGGGCGAUUGGGACGUGUUGGUAGCUGGUGUUGUGGUUGCUGCCAUUGAGGGGAUUGGCAUGCUCAUGUACAGGAAGCCAAUGGCAAUGUCCCGUGGUAGACUGCAGUCCUUGGUUGUGAUGGUAAACUACUGGAAAGCUGGUGUUUGUUUGGGUCUCUUUGUAGAUGCCUUCAAACUGGGGAGUUAAAAGGAGCUUUCUUUCUAUCAAUCCAAAUUGGGUUCAAUAAGAUUGUUUAUUUUGGGCUGA